UCAUGGGAAAUGGGAAACUACCCAUCCAAUAUUUUUAUUACUAGUGACUCUUGUCUUUGUCAUUAGGAAAUUUAAGGAAGGCAACUUGAUAGAUGGGAGAACAAGUAAGUGCGGAAAUUCAACAAAUAGCAAAUGCUUCAAUAAAAGAUGAAUAUCAACGUGCAAAUUUAGUAAAUGACAUCACAAAAGAGGUAGGAAGCUUGGAGCCUCUCUCAUCACCUGAAUGUUGUAUCUAUAAGGUUCCAGAUCCCCUUCGCAAGUUAAAUGAAGAAGCCUACACUCCUCAGGUUAUUUCAAUAGGGCCUUUUCACCAUGGCAAUGAAAAAUUGCAAAUCAUGGAAAAGUACAAAGUAAGAUAUCUCAAGGAAUUCAUGGAACGAGUCAAGAUAAACUUGGAGAAUUUAGUAUGCACUAUAGAGGAUUCUGAAGAACGUGUCCGUCAAUGUUAUGCAGAGGUUAUUCCACUUAGCAGGUAUGAUUUUUUGAAAAUGAUCUUGAUGGAUGCAAGCUUCAUUGUUGAGCUUUUCAUCAGAAAUUGGCGGGGAAGAUCAGAAUGGACACAUGAUGACAGGAAAGUAUUAAAGCCAUGGUUGGUUGCUAGGAUGCUUCUGGACUUUAUGUUACUUGAAAAUCAACUUCCUUUCUUUAUUAUUGAGAAAUUAUUUGAGCUUGCAUCUGCAUCUGACCGAGACUUACCUUCCUUCACUGUGCUUACCUUUCGCUACUUUGAAUUUUACAACAUUCAAAAUUUUUCUCCCAAUCUUGAGCCGAAAAUAAUGCACUUUGUUGAUUUGCUUAGAAAAUUUUACCUACCUCAUCCCCAAAGUCUACCAAGAAGAAAAUCUCAAAUAGUUGAGCAUAUGUACAGUGCAACCCAAUUGAAUGAGGUAGGAUUGAAGUUCGAGGUAAAUCGUUCAAGCAAAUGCUUACUUGACCUACACUAUGAGAAGGGAGUGUUGAAAAUCCCACGCUUUACGUUGGACAAUUGCACAGAGCUUUAUGCUCGAAACCUAAUGGCUUUUGAGCAAUGUCACUAUCCAAAUGACGCAUAUGUUACUGAUUAUUUUCUCCUGUUACAUUUCCUUAUCCAGAGUGAAAAAGAUGUGGAGUUACUUGGUCGAAAGGGGAUCAUGGUUAAUGGCCUAGGUAACAAUGAUGCAACUUUCAUCAACAGUCUAGGAACAAGUAUUGUAUAUUCAACCAUGAGCUCCAAUUAUUGUGAUCUUUGUAACAAGUUGAAAAAAUUCUACGAGGACCCUUCACAUGGUUGGUUGGCUUCCUUGAGACAGGAUUAUCUUCGCACUCCUUGGUUGGUCGCUUCUACCACAGCUGCUGUAACCUUGUUGAUCCUCACUUUCAUACAAGCUGUUUGCUCUAUCCUCCAAGUAAAAGGAGGAGGAAGAGGGCCUACAGCAAGUCCAGGAGUUGGGAACUAAAACAGAUUCAGGAGUUGUUUAGCCAAGCGACAGAUAAUUGAUGGAACUUGACGAAACCAGAUCGAAGAAGAGUAUAACUGAAGCUUGCUGGACCGCAGGUUGUAAUAUAUAUAUUUUGUUUUCUAUUUGAAAUAUUGUUAUUAACGAAACCAUAUAUAUCGGAGAAGUAAAAACCAUUUCUUUUGAGAACCCAAAAUGGGAAAGCAACAAACUUACGGAAAUCUUCAUAUUUGCUGCCUCUGUGCUCUCUGGUCACUUGGGCGAUGUUAUUUUUGCUUUCGCCAAACAGCUCCCGGUGCUGGACAUCACCGCGGGGAAGCCUCGGCUGUGGUGCUCGCCGUUGAAGCAGUAGCCUCCUCCUCCUCUCUGAAGAUAUUGUUUCAUGGUUGUUAUGGACCGUUAAUUAUUUUUAAAGA